GAGGAUCUCACAAAUCAAAUCUAAUCCCUAGAUCAUGCCACAUCUUCAUUGUUGUGUCUUACCAUGAGUCAUGAAUGAACACCUAGCUGCCCCUCCCUUCAAACAAGACAACUUUUUGGCACACCUCUGCAUUUUCUUUUCUUUUACCAGACCAUUUGUUUUCCACCUGUCUUGGCGUGGAGAAUGCUCUGUUUGUUUUUCCCCUUCUAUCUCACAGUUCCAGUCUUGAGAGGCCAGGUUUCAGUGAUCACCGUGCCUACCUGGACUGGGGAGGGUGUGUGACAGUGUGGAGGGUGUGUGACGGUGUGGAGGGUGUGUGACUGUGUGGAGGGUGUGUGACGGUGUGGAGGGUGUGUGACGGUGUGCAGCUGGAAAGACAUGCCAAAUGUGGAACCCGUUUGUCUGCUUUAGCAGAGAGUAUGCUUUCACUGACUGAGGCACGGGGUAGGCAGUCCUACAGGAGUAAGCGGCAGAAACCGAUAACAAUGUGUCGCAACUCUCUCACAUUGGCGGUUAAACUCUUCAAUGGCUGAAUAACAAGAGCAAACCCAGUCAAAAUUGCCCAAUGGAGCCUAAGCCUGGUCACCGGAGGAGAAGGAGUCUGUCUGAGGGGCUGAUGCUGGAGGAAUCAGAAAAAGGAGGAUUGGUCAUCUCCAGCAUUGUCGGUGGCUCUUCUGGCAAUCACGGGCUCAAAGAAGGAGAUGAAAUUGUGGGUGCCACGAUCAACUUUGACCAACUUUCGAAAGACGAUGUGUUGAAAAUACUGAAGCUGAUGGAUGAUAAUGGAUUUGAUGAGAAGGUUCAAGUUCUGACGAAAAAUUAUUUGAGCAAGAGUAUGGGGACCUUGGACAGCAUCAAAGCACCAGAGGAGAUGCUGAAGGAUUCAUAUAAUAGACUCUACAAUGCCAAAAUAAAUAGGUUCAUGACGGGUGACAGCCCUGGACAACCUGCAGGUGCUGGGGAAAGAGGCUCCCAUAAUGGACAGGUGAAGGGCAAGGGACCUGGAUCUCUCUGGGACAAGCCUAAAGUGAAAGCUGACCUCAAACUCCCUGUCCUCACCACGGAUUACCCAGUUGUGGAGACACCCAAAGUAGAUGCUCCUACCUACCUAAAGUCUCCAGACCUCAAAUUCUCUGCUCCAAAGUUAAAGGUGCCUAAACUUGAUGUCAAAGGCGAGGUACCUGAUGCUCGCGGUGGAGAACUUUCAUUGCCUAAUGCCAACAUUAGUACAUCAGAUCUCUCCCUGCCUCAUUUGAAUGGGUCACUAAACAUUGAUGCUCCAUCAGUUAACCUGGAAAGGCCAAAUCUUGAAACUGAUAUAGAUGCUAUCGAUGUUCUAGAAUUUGAUAUGUCUUUGCCCGAAGUUGACCUCAAAUGCCCUGAUCUUGACCUAAAAGUUAUAGAUCCACUUCCCAAAGUUGUAGGAGAUAUCAAUGUCCCAGAAGCAGAGCUCAAUCUACCAGAGGAGGUUGUCCCUGGACCUACUUUAAAUAUCAAUGCCCCAAUGUUUGAUAUUGAAAGAGGCAACAUUUUUAAAAUGCCCAAAUUUAAGAUACCUGACUUGGGUCUCUCUGGACCCAGAGUAAAUGUACCCAGCCUUGAGGUUGAUACACCAAAUAUGAGGAUCCCAGAUAAAGAUAUGCUUGGAGUUCAUUUUAAAGGUCCCCAAAGAGACCUACAAACACCAGAUGUUAAUCUCAAAAGUCCUAAUCUAGAUCUGCAAGCCCCAGAUGUCAGCAUAAUGAAUAUGCCAUCAAGUAAAAUAAGAGUCCGGUCCUCCAAGAAACUGAAAACCCCCAACCUUGAUGUGGAUGAUCCCUCUGGUUAUUUUGAAUUGCCUAAGGUUAAGCUCUCUCACACAGUUCCAAAAGGACCAGAUUUAGACAUGGAUGCAGUUUUAAAGACACCAAACAUGCAUCUUAAAACCUCUUUGAUUGGUGCUCCUGACCUGAAUGACCCUGAUCUAGAUUUACCUUCAGUAGACAUUAAAGGUUCCAAAAUAGAUCUAAAGUUAACAGAUGCAAACAUUGGUAUCCCAUCUGGGAAUAUCAAAACACUAAGUCUUGGUAUGCCUGACUUUAAUAUAUCUGGACCAAGAGUUCGGACUCCAGACCUGGACCUCUCAGCAGCUGAGAUGUGUCCAUUAGACGUCCGUCUGCCUGACCUCAGUACUCAAGAUAUUGACAUACCCUCAGGUAAAUUCAAACUACAGGAACCACAUGCAGAACUCAAAGCACCUGAUUUCAAUGUGGAUGCCUCCUCUGGUAAACUGAAGAUGCCCAAAUUUGGGUUAUCUGGCCUAAAAAGACCAGAUCUGGGCAUUGAUGCUGAUGUAAAAACACCAAAGUUAAGUCUCAAAGCUCCCAAGAUAAAAGGUGGGCUUGAUGCACCUGACUUGAAUUUACCCAAAGUCAACCUGAAAGCACCUAAAUUAGAAAUAAACACUCCAGAUAUUGACAUUGAUGCACCCUCAGAAAAAUUCAAAAUGCCAAAGUUUAAGAUGCCUAAAUUUUCCCUUUCGGGCCCUAAAGGGCCUGAGGUUGGCAUUGAUGGAGACUUGGAUGGACCAGAUCUGAGCUUAUUAUCUUCCAAACUACCAGACUUGGAUGUUGGUAGCCCAUCUGGAAAAUUAAAGAUGCCAAGUUUAAAGAUGCCAGACUUUGGCUUCUCAGGGCCAGAUGUACGAGGGCCUGACUUUGAGGUAAAGAAUCCAGACUUAGAUCUUUCAGCCCCCAAGUUUAAAGGGGGAAUUAGUCCCCCAGAUUUGGAUCUGCCAGAUGGAGACCUCAAAGGCCCCAAAUUAGACCUCAAUAAACCAGAUGUAAACUUUAAUAUGCCCUCAAGUAAAGUCAAAGUACCUACAUUGAAGAAACCAAAGGUUGAUCUGAAUGCUCCUGAUCUGGACAUUAACGGCCACUCUGGUAAACUGAAAAUUCCCAAAUUUGGGCUGUCUGGUACAAUGCCAAAAUCUCCCAAAUUAAAUCUUAAAGCUCCAAAGAUGAAGGGGGGAAUUGAUUUUCCAGACCUUAAUUUACCAGAUGCUAACCUCAAAUCCCCUAAACUAGAUGUGAAUGCUCCAGAUCUCGACAUCAAUGCACCCUCAGGGAAAUUCAAGAUGCCUAAAUUUGGGCUGUCUGGUACAAUGCCAAAAUCUCCCAAAUUAAAUCUUAAAGCUCCAAAGAUGAAGGGGGGAAUUGAUUUUCCAGACCUGAAUUUACCAGAUGCUGACCUCAAAGCCCCUAAACUAGAUGUGAAUACUCCAGAUCUCGACAUCAAUGCACCCUCAGGGGAAUUCAAGAUGCCUAAAUUUGGGCUGUCUGGUACAAUGCCAAAAUCUCCCAAAUUAAAUCUUAAAGCUCCAAAGAUGAAGGGGGGAAUUGAUUUUCCAGACCUGAAUUUACCAGAUGCUGACCUCAAAGCCCCUAAACUAGAUGUGAAUGCUCCAGAUUUCGACAUCAAUGCACCCUCUGGGAAAUUCAAGAUGCCUAAAUUUGGGCUGUCUGGUACAAUGCCAAAAUCUCCCAAAUUAAAUCUUAAAGCUCCAAAGAUGAAGGGGGGAAUUGAUUUUCCAGACCUGAAUUUACCAGAUGCUGACCUCAAAGCCCCUAAACUAGAUGUGAAUGCUCCAGAUCUCGACAUCAAUGCACCCUCAGGGAAAUUCAAGAUGCCUAAAUUUGGGCUGUCUGGUACAAUGCCGAAAUCUCCCAAAUUAAAUCUUAAAGCUCCAAAGAUGAAGGGGGGAAUUGAUUUUCCAGACCUUAAUUUACCAGAUGCUGACCUCAAAGCCCCUAAACUAGAUGUGAAUGCUCCAGAUCUCGACAUCAAUGCACCCUCAGGGAAAUUCAAGAUGCCUAAAUUUGGGCUGUCUGGUACAAUGCCAAAAUCUCCCAAAUUAAAUCUUAAAGCUCCAAAGAUGAAGGGGGGAAUUGAUUUUCCAGACCUGAAUUUACCAGAUGCUGACCUCAAAGCCCCUAAACUAGAUGUGAAUGCUCCAGAUCUCGACAUCAAUGCACCCUCAGGGAAAUUCAAGAUGCCUAAAUUUGGGCUGUCUGGUACAAUGCCGAAAUCUCCCAAAUCAAAUCUUAAAGCUCCAAAGAUGAAGGGGGAAUUGAUUUUCCAGACCUUAAUUUACCAGAUGCUGACCUCAAAGCCCCUAAACUAG